CUUUCGACGCGAAACCGAUAUUCGUCGGGCGAUCGACCGACGGCUCCGCCGAUCUUUUGACUCGUAGAAAAGUUCGGUUUAAAAAAGAGACACGUCGCGACGGGUGACCGGUGGUUGAACGGGUUCGCAAUUGUCAGGCGGCGGACGUGCUGGUGUACCGCGGCACGCACGCGGUGGUGGGCCGCGACCAGCUGCAGCACGUGCAACUGGCGGCGCAGCUCGUGCGCACGUUCCACCACCGCUACGGCCGCGCCUUCCCCACGCCGCAGCCGCUGCUCUCAGACGAGGGCGGCGACCGGAUCCUGAGUCUCCGCGAUCCCUCGAAGAAGAUGUCCAAAUCGGACCCGGACCCCAAGUCGCGCAUCCUCCUGAGCGACCCGGACGACGCGAUCGAGCGGAAAAUCAGAAAAGCGGUGACGGACUUCACGCCCCAGGUGACGUACGCGCCGGAGACGCGGCCGGGCGUGUCCAACCUGAUACGGCUGCACUGCCUCGCGGCCGGGUUGACGGCCGAGGAGGCGACGGAGGAGGCGGCGCACCUCAGCACGGCGCAGUACAAGGGCGUGGUGGCGCGCGCGCUGCAGCGGGCCCUGGCGCCCGUGCGCGCGCGCGCCGCCCGCCUGCUGGCGCGCCCGCGCCUGCUGCGGGACGUGCUGCAGCACGGGGCGGCACGCGCGCGCCGGCGCGCCGACGCCACGCACGCGCACGUGGCGCAGCGGCUGGGGCUGGCCGCCGCUACAGCCGGUGGUGGUGCGGCGGCGGCGGCGGCGGCAGUCCGCGCUCCCGCAGCACCUGCGCACCGAGCGGAGGAGUGAAGCCGCCGUCGAGAUAAAAUUUUAUACGUCGAUUUCGAAAUCGAUCAUCGCUCCCGAAAAUUAAGUAUUGAUUUCUUUUUUGUCGCCGCACCCCUGAAAACUUAAAAUCCAAAACGUCCUCGUCCCCGUGCGAUGUAAAAAAAAAUUGUUUUCUAGUGAAAUCUCUACUACGCCGGGACCUAGUCGUGUUUCUUCGUCGACCCCGAAUGACGUUUACCAAAGAUGUGACCGAUAUUGAGUCUCUACGAUGUUGCUCGUUUAAUAUUGUAGCGAGUGUAAAAUAAUAUUUUAUCGAAAUAAACGCUCUAUCGAUAUCAUAUUUAUAUAAAAAAACACUUGAAUCACGAUUUAAGGUUCCUUCCGGAGUACUACGACGUCGUGAGGUAUAGUUUUUACAUGUCAUGGUAGUUUUCGGAGACCUGGCCCCUUACUCUCGAACGCAAUCGCGCCCGAUCUAUAUUGCAGUUGUACCGUUUCGUAGUCUCGAUCGGUCACAUUAGCGCCAGAGUAGAACGGUGAACCGAUCGAGAGUGCGAAACGGCACAAUUGCAAUGUCGAUCGCUUGCGAUUGCGUUCGAAAGUAAGGGGACUGUACCUGAUUAAAUUGUAAUUUAUUUUGAAAUUAAGUACAAAUUAUAAUAAUAAAAAUUCAAAUUUCAAUGGAAAAAAUCAAAGUUACACAAAAUGUCACACAUGUUACUAGUAUUAUAUUACAUGUAAAAAUGCUGUUGGAUGUUAAAACUUUA